ACACACACACACACACACACACACACACACGCGCACACACACAGGGUUGGCAGAAAGGAGCAUGUCUUAUUCGGUGCUGUGAAGUUAUGGAGUUGGACAACGCGGCCGAACCGGAGAGCUACAAUGAGCUCUCUCCUGAGAGGGUGGGUCGCAGGCGCAGCAUGCCAGGCAGCGCUUUGGACAAGAGCCCCUCCAUGGAGCCGGCCACCUCCACCCCAUUCAAAGUCACGGGCUUCCUGAGCCGCCGACUGAAGGGCUCCAUCAAACGCACCAAGAGCCAACCCAAGCUGGACCGCAACAGCAGCUUCAGAAACAUCCUGCCGGGCUUCAAGACCGCAGACAAUGACAGAUCCCAUCUGAUGCCGAGGCUGAAGGAAUCGCGGUCUCACGAGUCGUUGCUCAGCCCCAGCAGUGCAGUAGAAGCUUUAGAUCUCAGCAUGGAGGAUGAGGUGUUGAUCAAACCGGUGCACAGCAGCAUCCUGGGCCAGGACUACUGCUUCGAGGUAACCACUUCCACUGGAACCAAAUGCUUUUCGUGCCGGUCAUCUGCCGAGAGGGACAAAUGGAUGGAGAACUUAAGGAGAGCUGUACAUCCAAACAAGGACAACAGUCGGCGUGUGGAGAACCUUCUAAAAUUGUGGAUUAUUGAGGCCAAGGACCUUCCAGCCAAGAAAAGGUAUUUCUGUGAGUUGUGUCUGGAUGACACACUUUACGCACGGACUACCUGCAAACUGAAAACAGACAAUGUGUUCUGGGGAGAGCACUUUGAGUUCAACAACUUACCUGCCAUCAAAAGUGUCACCGUCCACCUGUACAAGGAGACGGACAAAAAGAAAAAGAAGGACAAGAACAGCUAUGUGGGCCUGGUCAACAUUCCCGCCGGCGCCGUCACGGGACGCCAGUUUGUGGAGAAGUGGUACUCUGUGAGCACGCCCAACCCGAACAAAGGGAAAACUCCCGGACCUAUGAUUCGGCUCAAGUCGCGGUACCAGAGCAUGAGUAUCCUGCCCAUGGAGUCAUAUAAGGAGUUUGCAGAGUACAUCACCAAUAACUACAUGCUACUGUGCUCCAUCCUGGAGCCUGGCCUCAGUGUGAAGAACAAGGAGGAGAUGGCCAGUGCCCUGGUGCACAUCCUACAGAGCACUGGCAAGGCUAAGGACUUCCUGACUGACCUGAUGAUGUCAGAAGUGGAUCGUUGUGGGGAGAACGAGCACCUGAUCUUCAGGGAGAACACGCUGGCCACCAAAGCCAUUGAAGAGUACCUUAAACUGGUGGGGCAGAAGUAUCUGCAGGACGCACUAGGAGAGUUCAUCAAAGCCCUGUACGAGUCAGACGAGAACUGCGAGGUAGACCCGGGGAAGUGUUCCUCAGGAGACCUCCCUGAGAACCAGAGCAACCUGAAGAUGUGCUGUGAGCUGGCCUUCUGCAAGAUCAUCGACUCCUACCGUGUUUUCCCGCGGGAACUGAAGGAGGUGUUUGCCUCGUGGAGGCAGCAGUGCAGCAGUCGGGGCCGGCCGGACAUCAGCGAGCGUCUGAUCAGCGCCUCUCUGUUCCUGCGCUUCCUGUGUCCAGCCGUUAUGUCACCGUCACUCUUCAACCUGAUGCAGGAGUACCCCGACGACCGCACCGCACGCACCCUCACGCUCAUCGCCAAGGUCACGCAGAACCUCGCCAACUUCACCAAGUUUGGUAACAAGGAGGAGUACAUGUCCUUUAUGAACCAGUUCCUGGAGCACGAGUGGACCAACAUGCAGCGCUUCCUGCUGGAGAUCUCCAACCCAGAGACCAUCUCCAACACGGCAGGGUUCGAGGGUUACAUUGACCUGGGCCACGAGCUCUCCUCCCUGCACUCCCUGCUGGCCGAGGACGUCUCUCAGCUGGACCAGAGCACAGCCUCUAAGUUGGGUCCCUUGGCCCGUAUACUGUGGGACGUGAACUCAGCGCUGACCAACCCAUCUGGGGUACAGGUGUCCACCCCUACAGAGCGCAUGGGCUCUCCCCCCCUUCCCCUCCCCCUCCCAUUGGCAAGCUGCAGCCUCUCCACCGGCCUACCUCUUCACAAGAUGGUCAUGGACAGCGAGCUCUCUGGGUUGGUUGAUUUUACAAGGCUGCCGUCGCCAACCCCAGAGAACAAGGAUUUAUUCUUUGUGACGAGGAACUCUGGCAUCCAGCAGUCUCCAGCCAGAAGCUCCAGCUACUCGGAGGCCAACGAGGCUGAGGUACAGCUCCCCAACAGCAGCAAGAGUCUGUCCAUGGUAGACCUGCAGGACAGCCGCAGCCUGGAGAGUACCCCUGGCCCUGCCUCCCCCAGCGACAUGCUCUUCAACGACAGCCAGUUCCCAGUCACCCCUGGGCCUGGGGGCUGGGCCACCCGCACCCCUCAGGGCAUCAUACCCACUCCCGGCCCCGGGCCCACUCUGAGGAGGACAGGCCAGACCCCCAACACCCCCAGCACAGAGAGCAGCACCCCAGGCCCAGGGAGGCCCUCACAGCUCCUGGCCCCACUCUCCUUCCAGAACCCUGUUUACCAGAUGGCCACGGGGAUGACCAUAAGCGUUUCCCCGCGGGGUCCCCUGGCCGACUCGGGCUCCGAUGGCCACAGCUCCGUCAGCUCUCAGGGCAACAACACAGAGGACACCCCCAAGCACCCGGGGGUCUUCCUCACCCAGGGGGUGGCGGUCAGUAGCGGAGGAGGCAGCAGCAGUGAGUUCACCACCCGCCGCCAGCUGUCCCUCGGGGAGCACCAGCCCAACGUGCCGCGGCAGAACAGCGCCGGCCCCCAGCGCAGGAUAGACCAGCCCCCUACGCCCGUCACCAGGGGCAGGACGCCGCCCAACAUGCUCCAGACAGCCUACCCUGGGCCGCGGCCCUCCAGCGGCAGCAUUAUGUCAUCAUCCCCCGACUGGGGGCCCAGUGGCGGCAACCGUCUGAGACAGCAGUCGUCCUUUUCCAAAGGGGACAGUCCUGAGACCAAGCAGCGCACCCUGCACAAAGUGCCCUCCCCUGUGAACCCCAAUGCCCUGGACCGCACUGCUGCUUGGCUGUUGAAUAUGAAUGUGCAGUAUUUAGACCAAGAGGGAGUUGACCCAGAUACCAAGCACAGGGAAGACCUCCGAAACAAAGAGGAGCUCACCCAGACUGAAAAGUACCAGCAGGAAAUCGCCAUCCUGCAGGACAAGCUGUGUCAGUCAGCCAAGAAGCUGGAGGAGUAUGAGUGUCACCUUAACGGCCAGGACGAGCAGACCCAGACGAUGCUGCUGGAGUACCAGGCGCGCCUGGAGGACACGGAGGAGCGCCUGCGCCGGCAGCAGGACGACAAGGAGCUCCAGAUGAAGAGCAUCAUCACCAGGCUGAUGUCUGUUGAGGAGGAACUGAAGAAAGAUCAUUCAGAUAUGCAGUCGAUAGUGGACUCAAAACAGAAGAUCAUUGAAGCCCAGGAGAAACACAUCGCGUCUCUGGACGCGGCCAACGCCCGCCUGAUGAGCGCUCUGACCCAGCUGAAGGAGCGCUACAGCAUGCAGACCCGUAACGGCAUCUCCCCUACCAACCCCACCAAGCUCCAGAUCACGGAGAACGGAGAGUUCAGGAACAGCAGCAACUGCUAGGGAGAGGAGAGGGGGCCAAGCCCAACUCAAUGACGCUUGGGCAGGAGGAGGGAGGAGGAACUAGCCACACCCAGCCACUCUCCAGAGAAACAGAAUUAUACUGUACAAAUCCAUUAUUUUCAAUGGAUGAGGUCAGGAUCACAGAAAGAAGGCAGACUGACUGAAGCUGUUGCUGAAAAAUAUAAAGGACUUGAUCAGAUUGACUUUAGAGAAAGCUAUAACGUCUACACCUGACUGCAAGACAUCCUAAACUCUGUAUCCCAGUACAUAAAACAACAUUUUAUCUAUUUAAGGUUGUGCUGUUAUUUAACAAAGAGCCUGUUUUGAAGUGAUUUGAACCAUUAUAAGCUUCAGAAUGUUUCUGAUUUCUCAUCUACACGUAUCAUUUUCAGUCACUGCGUUGAUAUAGCACAGGGUGCUAAAAGAGGACGCUCUUUUAUGGACCCUACGUUUUCAGAAUGCUCUAUAUUCCACUGACCUUUAGUAAACAGAAUAAAUACUAUAAUACUCAAAGCCAGCCUGUUUCUUCCAGCAACAGUAUAGUAUAGCACAAGUGUAUAGUACAUUGUAGCAUCAAUCUUUGAUUUUACUCAAUGGCUGUUUUUUUUUACCCCACUGUUUUUGUUUCAAACUUCAAAAGCACACAGUAUAUGUUGCCAAGUGAACACCUCUAUCAGUGAAAGCCUCCUCUCAUGUUGACAAGCUUUUGAAAACCGCUUUGGUUAGACUUUUCCUGAAAGCACGUCCCAAUAGCAAGUGUUUCUAUAUUCUACCUGUAUAUUUUAGGUAUCCUCUGCUUUUCUUACCUCAUCAGGACUACAGUAGCACAACAAGCUUGCUGUAUUUUAAAUUGCUAAUGGUAAGGAAAGAGCUCAACUAUAUAAUUUUUUGCAUACUUUGUAUGUGCUUAAAUAUGAGUAUAUUUAGAGGUUUACAUGCCUCGUAGAUGUAUAUAAAAUGUUCACAGUAUUUGUAUUGAUUGUUUGGAAGGGGAAUAGUAUUUUGUACUGUAAGUGUUCAUUGUGUUAAACGGCUGUGCUAAUAUUGCAAGACAAUAGUACGUUUCUGAUUGUAAUUUUGGUUCUACUUCAGUAGACAGUUCACACCAUUUCAUCCAUUAUCCCCUUUUCUUAUGUGGGUUCUUUGUUAAAAAUGCAAUUUAACAUAGUUUACUGUUUUGUCCUCUGUAUCUAAAUGGUUAUGUGUAGGCCAAACCUUCACUGUUUGCAGUAUGACAGUGCUGAAUGGAAUAAGACUGAACUCAAAUACCUGGCUACUCCUCUACCCUUGCGCUUCUGGAACUUCGCUAACGGCCCUACACAACACUCCUUAAUUUAGAAUACCUUCUAUCCAAAGUGAAGCAUGAAAGUCGCUUCCGGACAGUACGUCCACAUGGGGUUUUAGGCUGUAAUUGAGGUAUAUACCAGAUUCAUUGUCAGUUCCAGUUCCCUCUAGUGUUGAUUGAAGCUAUAAACAUGGAGUGGACUUAAGGCCUUUUGUGUAGUCUUAUUUAAGAUGCAGGUAGCUAACUUUAGCAACCUUCAAAGGUGGUCUCAACAAGUGGCUUUGCAUGACUUCUCAAUUCUGACUUCCGCUAAUUCUCAUCUGAAAACACCAGUGGUCUGCUUUCAGGAAAUUAGAGGCACCUGAAUCACUGUGUUGACCUGUGUUCUGGUCUGUGGAAAUGUUAAGCUUAAAUGUUUUUUGUGUUUUUUAUCAACUAGAUUAUUAUUUUUAAAAUUAUGUGUGAAAUGGUAUUUAUGUUAUGCUCUAAAUUAUGUUUGUUCCAAUCAGUUCAACAUUAUUUAUUGAAUAUCUUUGUUUUUUGUUUUAAUAAAAUGCUGAAUAGUAUUUGUGAGAGUAUAAUGGAUUGUGUUAUAGAACACCUGCAUUCUGAUAGAAUGUGCUCCUAUUUCCCUGAAGUGGUCUUGCUGCAGUCAACCUGCACACUCAUGAGAAAAUCUCUUUGGAGGGUUUCAAUAGAUUUUCUCUUUCAAAGCGAAAGGUGCAUCUUCCUGCUUUGGUGUUCUUUUAUUGAAAGGACAUCCUAUAUACUGCACUGCCAUAGAAACCAUAGAUCAAUUCACAGUAUAGUGCAUCUUCAUUGUCUCCAGGUCUUUUAGGAAGGUUUUGCCAAUGAUUUGCCAGAGAGUGACCAAAACUAUUAUCUUUCCCUUUUCAAUGCCCUAUAUAAUACUGAACAAUAUUUUGUCAUGUUACUGCAAACUCCUAGAAACUUUUCUAUGAAUGUUAAAAUAAUAAUUUGAUGUGUGUAAAUGGUAACAAGAACAGGCCUAUCAUCGUAAAAUAUAAAAACAUGUAUGUAAUUUAUGUAGAAAUGCAACUACAAUUAAAGAUUUUGCUAUUUUAAUCAUG